AUCUUGAGAGGGAGGCGCAAACGUGGCAGCCCUGAAUCUGAAGCUUGUUAUUUAAAGAGAAGCCUCUGUCUUUCCCUCCUCACAAGCAAUCCACACCUCUUGUGUAUGCUGUCUAUCUAUCUACUCCCCAAGCACGUACAAACACUCUCCACACAGCUAGCCAACAGGUACAACAGACACAAGGAUGAAGCUCAGAGUAAAAGGCUUCGGCCUCCUGCUUCUCCUUGUCUUGCUUGCUCUAUGCUCCACCAUUGAUGUCUGUGACGCGAGGAGAGGCAAGCAUUGGAGGCCAAGGAGCUCGCCGAGCUCCUCUCUGCUCAAGAAGAAAGGGAAGGCAAAGAAGGGCAGCUCCCACCGGCAGCACGGGGGCAACCGGCGAAGCCCGCCACCAGCCCCCCCUGGUGUUGGCAAAGGACACCAGACGCCAUACCAGCCAAGCCCCAAUGUACCUGUAAGUCCGAGCCCGAGCCCGAGCCCCAAGCCGAGCCCUGCCAAAGGCAAUGGACAUACAAGUCCACAGCCUUCAUCUCCAAGCUGUGGAAAGGGCAGGCAGCCACCGCCGCAGCCACCACCUGCGGCCUCAGCCUCACCAGGCGCGGUGUUUAACGUGGUUGAUUUCGGAGCCAAGGGUGAUGGAAUUUCAGACGAUACAAAGGCUUUUCAAGCAGCGUGGGCUGCUGCGUGCAAGCUGGGAGCGUCUACAGUUCUCGUACCAUCAGAACUAGAGUUCCUUGUUGGGCCAAUCUCCUUUUCUGGGCCUUACUGCAAACCAAACAUUCUUUUCCAGCUCGAAGGGACGAUCUUAGCCCCAACAAAUGCUAAAGCAUGGGGUUCUGGCUUGCUUCAAUGGCUUGAAUUCACCAAACUAAGUGGGUUAUCAAUUCAAGGCAGUGGCACCAUAAAUGGUAGGGGGCAACAGUGGUGGACCUACUCAGACCCAAAUGACGAUGAGGAUGACGACACACAGUACAAUCAGGAGCUUGAAAGGAUGCCACGGGUUAAACCUACGGCAUUGAGGUUCUAUGGUUCUUCAAAUGUCGUAGUGGCUGGCAUCACAAUUGUCAACAGCUCACAGUGCCAUCUCAAGUUUGACAACUGUCAAGGGGUGCUGGUCCACGACCUGACAAUAUCCUCCCCUGAGAACAGUCUCAACACCGACGGAAUACACCUGCAGAACUCCAAAGAUGUCAGCAUUCAUCAUACCAACUUGGCUUGCGGUGACGAUUGCAUCUCCAUCCAGACAGGAUGUAGCAACAUAUACAUACACAAUGUGAAUUGUGGACCAGGCCAUGGAAUCAGCAUUGGUGGACUAGGCCGGGACAACACAAAAGCAUGCGUCUCUAAUGUAACAGUAAGAGAUGUCAACAUGUUCAGAACAAUGACUGGUGUCAGAAUCAAGACCUGGCAGGGUGGUAUAGGACUGGUUCAAGACAUAAGGUUCUCAAACAUACAAGUCUCCGAAGUUCAAACACCUAUUAUGAUAGACCAGUUCUAUUGCGACAAAAGAACCUGCACAAAUCAAACAUCAGCAGUGGCAGUAUCAGGCGUUCAGUAUGAGAACAUCAGAGGGACAUUUACAAUCAAGCCUCUCCAUUUUGCAUGCAGUGACAGCUCACCUUGUUCAGGGAUCACACUUACCGGAGUACAACUUAAACCCGUGCAAAUAGCCCACUACCACCUAAACAAUCCAUUCUGUUGGCAAGCUUUUGGGGAACUCUUCACUCCAACCAUCCCUCCCAUAGCUUGUCUGCAGAUUGGAAAACCUGCUGGGAACAACUUGCAGUCAUACCAUGACAUAUGCUGAAACACAGAUAGUAUCCUCAUCCAUUAGUUGGUGCUUAUUCAUGAGUGGUCGUUGUGAUGCUUCCGACCCUUUGCACCAUUGCUUCGUCAUGUGCAUAUAUACACAGUUAAUUUAUGUUUUGUUAUCACAGCAAGUGUGUCAUGUUUGUGGUAAAGGAAACAUAGAUAUUUUCAUAUAAAAUGGGCAGGCAGGCA